AUGGCAGCCCCAGCUGCUUUUGCUCUCAACAGAUCAUCGUAUUGCUCAGAUUUCUGUCUGUGGAAGCUUCGUCCACUGGUUGAGUUUGCCGCCCGGCUCAGUCAGCACCAGUGUGGACCUGGGGAUGGCACCUGUGGGGAAGCCUCUGGCUGUCCGGUCACGGGCAUUCUUCGCAUACUCUGGAGUCUCUCUGCUCUCCCUCCAGAAACAGGCUUUGCGGUCACAGCCAUCUCCCGCACGCCGGGUGUGACCUACAGCGACUCCUUUGACCUGCAGUGCAUCAUCAAACCCCAUUACCCGGCCAGAGUCCCCGUGUCGGUGACGUGGCGGUUCCAGCCGGUAGGCACCCUCGAGUUCCAUGACCUGGUGACCUUCACCCGGGACGGAGGGAUCCAGUGGGGGGACAGGUCCUCCAGCUUCCGAACCCGAACGGCCAUCGAGAAGGCCGAGUCGAGCAACAACGUGCGCCUGAGCAUCAGCCGAGCCAGUGACACGGAGGCGGGCAAGUACCAGUGCGUGGCCGAGCUGUGGCGGAGGAAUUACAACAACACCUGGACGCGGCUGGCCGAGCGGACCUCCAACCUGCUGGAGAUCAGGGUGCUGCAGCCAGACUCAUCUCCUGUAAUCCUUGUGACAGUAGGCGUGGAGGAGGGACCAUUGUCCCCUGUUGGCCGAUAA